UAUGUGUCCAGCUGGGUCAACACAGCAGCGCUCGGUCCCCAUGUCAGGUAGAGAAGCUCCAGCUGCUCUUCUGCUCGUUGGUUUGAGAGCAGCUGUCGUUUGAAACAGAGACGCGGAGCUGUCAGGUUACCCAGGUGGGUUCACACCGAUUUGAGGAAGUCAGCGGUUGGACCUUAUCAAAAUAGUUGAUCGAUUGCUGUUGAAAUGCUGGCGACACUGACCAUGGUUCAAACGUAAAGUCACAGUGAGUGGCUCCGCCAUGCUGCCUGGAGUCGGUGUGUUUGGCACGGGGAGCACUGCCCGGGUGCUCGUCCCCCUGCUAAAAGCUGAAGGCUUUGAGGUCCAUGCACUUUGGGGCCGAAGUGAAGAGGAGGCAUGCUGCUUGGCAAAGGAACUGGGCAUCCCAUUCCACACCAGCCGGUCCGAUGAUGUGCUGCUGCACCAAGAUGUCGAUCUUGUAUGUAUCUAUAUUCCACCGUCGAUGACGAGACAGAUUGCUGUCAAAGCACUAGGUAUAGGCAAGAAUGUUGUGUGUGAGAAAGCUGCAACCGCUGUGGAUUCAUUCAAGAUGGUCACUGCUGCCAGAUACUACCCUCAACUGCUCAGCAUUAUGGGUAACACACUGCGUUUCCUGCCAGCAUUUGUCACAAUGCGGAAGCUGCUGGUGGAGGGAUACAUUGGUGAGCUCCAGGUGUGCGACGUCCGAGUGUACGGCCCAAGCCUUCUGGACCAGUCCUAUGGCUGGACGUGCGAAGAGCUGAUGGGCGGAGGCGGUCUGCACACCGUCGGCUCGACCAUAAUUGACCUCUUGAGUUACCUGACAGGCGCACGAGCCCAUCGCGUGCACGGCCUGCUGCGGACCUUCGUGCAGCAGAACGGUUUGAUCAGAGGGAUCCGCCACGUCACCAGCGAUGACUUCUGCUUCUUCCAGAUGUUAAUGGGGGGAAGCGGCUCCAGCGGCGUGUGCUGCACCGUGACCCUGAACUUCAACAUGCCCGGGUCAUUUGUGCACGAGGUCAUGGUCGUCGGAUCCACCGGUAGACUGGUUGCUAGGGGGACGGAGCUAUACGGUCAGCGCAAUGGGAGUAAAGGUGAGGAGCUGUUGCUAGGCGACAGUGGGUGGGUUGGACCAGAGGUGAAAGAGAUGCCCCUGCCUCACCUGCACGGCCUGAGCUCCAUGGUGAAGGCGCUGAGGCAGUCCUUCCAGGCUCACGAGGAGCGCCGGUCCUGGGCACGAGGACCAGUCGCCAUGGCGCCAACGUUUGAGGACGGCCUGUACGUGCAGACGGUCGUUGAAGCGGUGAAACGGUCCAGUUGUAACGGAGAAUGGGAGUGUGUCGAGAUCAUGAGUCAGGAGCCUGAUCCGAACCACAACCUGUGUGAGGCGCUUCAAAGAAACAAAAACUAAAUUAAUUUAUUUACCCGGUGUCACCACUGCACGUCAGACAAAGCCGAGUUCUGAAAGUUUCUCAUAUAAAUGAGAUAAACCUAACACUUUUCAUGUUUUAGGCAGAAUGGGUUGAACUGUGUGGAGGCUUUAAAUGUCAAACCUGUGACUAAAUUUCUGAAUUACUGCUUCAUCAGUCAGAUUCUUAUGAUCAUAUUUUAGUGGCCAAUAAUCGAAACAAUGUCAAAAUCCAGCAACAGACCAACAUGUGCAGGAUAAUGAGUGGCAUGACUUUCUUUUUAAUUCAAGAAUAUUUAUAAUAUUUUUGCCACAUCAUCAAUGCAUAUUUCAGUUGCAGAAUGUUAGAAAAAACUUUCAAGAU